ACCCUACGAAAGACCUCACAACAUCACCCAUCUCUCUCUCUCUCUCCCCCACUCUCUCUCAAGCCAAAAUAUAAGCCAAAGUAUAAGCCAAAGUAUAGAGCAAUCAUGGCCCAUGAAGGUGGAGGUCCUAGUGCUUCCUCCAUGGUGGUGCUCGUGAGCUUGCUGCUGAUGGCUGCCGCUUCGCCCGCAGCUGGGAACUUCUACCAGGACUUCGACCUGACGUGGGGUGGCAGCGACCGCGCCAAGAUCUUCAGCGGGGGUCAGCUCCUGUCGCUGUCCCUCGACAGAGUGUCGGGGUCGGGCUUCCGGUCCAAGAAGGAGUACCUGUUCGGCCGGAUCGACAUGCAGCUCAAGCUCGUCGCCGGGAACUCCGCCGGCACCGUGACCGCUUACUACUUGUCUUCGCAAGGGCCAACUCACGAUGAGAUUGACUUCGAGUUCCUGGGGAACCUGAGCGGCGACCCUUACAUCCUCCACACCAACGUCUUCACUCAAGGGAAGGGCAACAGGGAGCAGCAGUUCUACCUGUGGUUUGACCCCACCAGAAAUUUCCACACAUACUCCGUCAUCUGGAAGCCCCAGCACAUCAUCUUCUUGGUAGACAACAUUCCUAUUAGAGUUUUCAAGAAUGGAGAGUCAAUUGGCGUGCCCUUCCCCAAGAACCAGCCCAUGAAAAUAUACUCGAGCCUCUGGAAUGCCGAUGAUUGGGCCACGAGAGGCGGACUGAUCAAGACAGACUGGUCGAAAUCGCCCUUCACGGCAUACUACAGGAAGUUCCAGGCCACUGCCUGCACCUGGUCCACGGGCUCGUCCUCCUGUGAGAUCGGACGGCCCGCUUCCUACUCUGGAUCCACAUGGAAAAUCAAUGAGCUCGAUGCCUAUGGCCGGAGGCGGCUCAGGUGGGUCCAGAAGUACUUCAUGAUCUACGACUACUGCGCGGACGGCAAGAGGUUCCCUCAAGGCAUCCCAGCCGAAUGCAAGCGCUCGCGAUUCUAGAGAAGAAAAAGAGGGAAAUCAACGUGUUCGAAUGGAAGGUCGCUCGGCAGUAUAUAGUUAAUGCAUUCUUUCGUUUCGUUUCGCAUGUUCAAGUCAUGAAUUUCUCGUGAUGUCUUGAUUCCAGGGGGAAAAUAAAAAAAAAAUGGCCUUUGUACAAUGUUUCUUGUUGAAAGUUGUUGGGGUGGGGCGCUGAAUAUUGCUCUGUAAAGCCACGGUUGUGACAUAAAGAUAUGUUUGUAGCAGUUUGUUCUACCUUGUGUAAUAAAACUUUGCAUUAUCUUUC